GAUCUGCUACAUCACUACCUGGGGUUGAAGUCAGCCUUAGAUCUCAUUCUCUCUGGGAGUACUCUGCUUUCCCUACCCAGUUACGAGAGGCCUUCUAAGGUUGAGCAUCCUGUCACCGAAUGCAUUACUGGUCUGGACCUAGUCCAAGAAAUGAUCCGUGUUGCCAAGGGUUACCCUCUCAGGCACAAACAAGCUGAUAUUCCCAUCAACGGCUGGGCAGUUGAAUGUCGGGUCUAUGCUGAGGACCCCUACAAGUCCUUCGGUUUACCGUCCAUUGGGAGAUUGUCUCAGUACCAAGAACCAGUACAUCUACCUGGUGUCCGGGUUGACAGCGGCAUCCAGCCAGGAAGUGAUAUUAGCAUUUAUUAUGAUCCAAUGAUUUCAAAACUAGUCACCUACGGUUCUGACAGAACGGAAGCACUGAAGAGAAUGGAAGAUGCCCUGGAUAAUUACGUUAUUCGAGGUGUUACACAUAAUAUUUCUUUACUUCGAGAGGUGAUAAUCAACUCACGCUUUGUGAAAGGAGACAUCAACACUAAAUUCCUCGCUGAUGUGUAUCCUGAAGGCUUUAAAGGUUUGUAUGCAUUGGAGUCUUAGUUUAAUA